GAUUAGACCAGAGGCUGUUUCACCGCAAUUAAAUGACAUCAGGAGAAGAUCGAGAGAAAAGAGCAGAGGGGACAACCCAAUCAAUACCUGGAGAGGUUUCAUUGUUGAGGGGUUCUGUAUCUGCGGGCCGCACUACUUUCGAGAGUGGGUUGAGAGGAUAUCCUAAUAAAACUUGCGUUGUGAUAAAAGUUGGUUUUGCGUAAAUGUCAUCAUGGCGCUGGGCCGCCCCUCUUUCUCCAUCAACGACAUCCUCACCCGGGGACGUGACACACGAGACAACAUUCAAAUUUCACGGGAUCUGACAGAUCUAUGCGCGUUAAAACUGGCCACCAUCAACCGGGAUCAGCCAACCGAGAGCAGAGAUGGGACAUCUAGGGGCCCCGGUUCAUCCACGUCGGACUGCAGUGAGGAGCACAAACGGAAUGAGAUGGAGAUGAUACACAUCCGCCAAGGAAAUAUUCGUUCCUCUCCCGGUUUGGGCGACAUCAGGAACCCCACGUCUGAGGCCGGUAGUGAAGAGUCCACCGGAGAAGAGACGGAAUACAUGUCAUGCAGAAAAGACAUAAACAACAAACAACUACCCAGUCUGGAUCAAGACAAACAGAGGGAGGAAGAGGAGGAGGAGGAGGAGAGGGAAAGUAGUUACAGCACCGUAGGCCAACCCAUAUCUGGUAACAAGAAGCGCUCCCGUGCGGCCUUCUCCCACGCGCAGAUCUACGAGCUAGAGCGCCGGUUUAACGUGCAGCGCUACCUGUCUGGUCCUGAACGGGCGGGCCUGGCGGGCGCCCUGAAGCUCACGGAAACCCAGGUGAAAAUCUGGUUCCAGAACCGGAGAUAUAAGACCAAACGGCGGCAGAUGGCGGCCGAACUAGCCUCCCGUAACUACUCUGCACCAGCCACACUAGCUAAGAAAGUUGCGGUGAAGGUCCUGGUUCGAGACGAUCAAAGACAGUACAGUGAGGAUGACCUGUCCAGUCCGCCAGCUAUGCCUCUCUACCCGGCCUACCAAUAUGGAUACUACCCCUACAUGUUCUGCUUCCAGCCAUGGCUCUCUAGCAAUGCACUUUGUGGGGGCAUGCAUUGACACAAUGGCGUAGCCAGGCCUCAAAAACAUGACAUUCAUUAACUUUAUGGAUUUAGGCCUACUAGAAGAAGACAAAGACACUGGGUCGAGAUUUCUACAUGCGUUUCUGUGUAAAUAUUUUUUUUAUUCUCUCGUGGAGAGCCUUUUUGAUGCUGUAGCCUACACCUGCAAGGACAAUCCUAUCGACAUCCCUCAGACAACAUUGAGGAUACAGAUAAAUGAAAUACAGGUCCUGAAUAACGUAGAAGGCCUAGAUAAUAAUAUUGAAAUUAUUACGCAGGAAUGUAUAGAAUUUGGGAAUCCUAGUGGUUAGAGCGUUGGACUAGAAAACCGAAAGGUUGCAAGUUCAAACCCCCGAGCUGACAAGGUACAAAUCUGUCGUUCUGCCGCUGAAAAGGCAGUUAAACCCACUGUUCCUAGGCCGUCAUUGAAAAUAAGAAUUUGUUCUUAACUGACUUGCCUAGUUAAAUAAAGGUAAAAUAAAAAAUUAAAAUAUCCCCAUUUAAUUUAUUUACUCACACAAACACAUAUAACUCUUAUUAUAAAACAGGAGGAAUGUAGGAUUAGGAUUAUGAAACAAUAUAGGCUAAUAUCAAGUGCUAAAAUCGAAAUGAAAACCAAUUUACAUUUCUAAAAUGUUAAUACACUUUUGACAGUAUUUUCGAUCUAAGCCUUGAACUUUAAAAUAACUUUUCACAUUCGGAUACAUGCAGUAGAUUCGUUAUAACAAAUAUCUUGGUAAACUAAAGUUGUUUUUCUCCGAUUCAAGCCAACAGCCAUCUUCAUUAUCAUAUUCGAAUCAGCAAAAAAACAUGGAUAUCGAGAUAUUAUAUUCGUGCUUGUUAAACAUUGAACCCACAAGGACAGAAAUCUGUAGCCCUCAACAAGAUGAUCCAAACGACUUUGCACCGAUGAGGACGUGAUGAGUGUGAAUAUGGCUGUUAAUAUUAUGGUCGCGAAGCCUGAAUGAAGCCUACAAGUUAAAGUAACUACAUCUAACAACAGACAAUCUAAAAAUGCUGGGUUUGAAAAUAAUCAACUUUUAUAAUUGAAUAUGAGGCUUAGAAUGUAAAGGUAAUUUAUUAUGAACUAUCUAAUUAGGCAAGUUUAUAUUUUAUUAAUUUAAAUUCCAGAAGAUUUCACGUUUUCAAAAUGUUGAGCCAAAAUAAUUCAUGUAAAUACGGUACCUGCUGCUUACACUGCCCCGAUUUGUUUUGUGGUUCAAGUGUGCAAAUAUGGCUUCUACCUUCUCCAAGGGAUUUUCCAAACAGAUCUCUGAUAGUAUUGACAUUAUGGACCAUAAAUAGUGACCGUGGUUGAAUGGUAAAUCAAUGUCAUAUUAAUAUACUGAUACAUUUCCCUAUUCACUCAUUGAUAAUACAGAUACAACCAAUCGUAAUAAAAUCAUAAUUGUUGAUCAUUUAGAUACAUAUUCAAAUGUACAAUUUGAGUAGCAAAAAUGCAAACCACCCUAAACAUAGGCUACAUUUACUAACUUUAAUCCUGACCUAAUACACCUUGAUAAAAAAAGUUACAUAAAAAAACGUGUAAAUGUUCAGGAAUUUAAAACGUGAACUUUACACGAAAGGCAAAACGUGUUAAGCACACAUGUUUACAUUUUACGUUUUAGUCAUUUAUCAGACGCUCUUAUCCAGAGCCAAUCACAAUACAACACGUGUUGUAUGCGGCGCAUGUGACAAAUACAUUUAGAUUUGAUUUUAUGCUAGUUCUGCAGCUGCAUGAGUCUGAGAGGUCAAAUAAAAUAACAACAAGUAAAAUAGCCCCCUGUGAUUUCUGGUCACAAGUUCACUAAUGGCUGAAAAAUCACAACAGUAAUCUUAAAAUAACACAACAAAUAGCAUAGUUGGAGAAUUUGGAAAGCCACAGUCAAUCAACAAUAUAAUAAUACUUUUAGUACUUUUAGUCAUCUUUAACUUGCAAUCUGUAGAUUCCAUGCGAUUAGACAGGUUCUGAAUUUAUUUGAAACAUCACAGCACAGUUGAAAAAUAUAUGUCACAUGGAAAUCAUGAGUGGGCAGUCUACAGACAGGAGAGGGGGAUGGUCUAAGAGUAGUUGAGGGGUGGAUUUAAAAGGUGAUGUUCUAUAAUAGUUUUGACUGAAAAUCACCAUGUACAGUGAAUUCAAGUAUUCAGACCCCUUGACUUAUUCCACAUUUUGUUACAUUACAGCCUUACAAAAAAAAACAGUCUCUCAUCAAUCUACACACAAUACACCAAAAUGACAAAACAAAAACAGGUUUUUAGAUUUUUUUUUUCAAAUGUAUAAAAUAAAAAAAACAGACUCCUGCGUUUUCUUGGCUGUGUGCUUAGGGCCGUUCUCCCGUUGGAAGGUGAACCUUCACCCCAGUCUGAGGUCCUGAGCGCUCUGGAGCAGGUUUUCAUCAAGGAUCUCUCUGUACUUUGCUCUGUUCAUCUUUCCCUGGAUCCUGACUAGUCUCCAGUCCCUGCCAAUGAAAUCAUUCCCACAGUAUGAUACCCCAUAAUGACAAAGCAAAAAGAGGGUUUCAGACAUUUUUGCAAAUGUAUUAAAAAUGAAAAACAGAAAUACCUUUUUUACAUAAGUAUUCAGACCCUUUGCUAUGAGACUUGAAAUUGAGCUCAGGUGCAUCCUGUUUCCAUUGAUCAUCCUUGAGAUGUUUCUACAACUUGGUAAAUUAAAUUGAGUAGGCAUGACUUGGAAAGGCACACACACUGUCUAUACAAAGUCCCACAGUUGACAGUGCAUGUCAGAGCAAAAACCAAGACAUGGGGUCGAAGGAAUUGUCCGUAGAGCUUUGAGACCGGAUUAUGUCAAGGCACAGAUCUGGGGAAGGGUACCAAAAAAUGUCUGCAGCAUUGAAGGCCCCCAAGAACACAGUGGCCUCCAUCAUUCUUAAAUGCAAGAUGUUUGGAACCACCAAGACUUUUCCUACAGCAAGCCGGCCCGGGCCAAACUGAGCAAUCGGGGGAGAAGGGUCUUGGUCAGCGAGGUGACCAAGAACCACAUGGUCACUCUGACAGAGCUCUAAGGUUCCUAUGGGUAGAAUGGAGAACCUUCCAGAAAGAAAACCAUCUCUGCAUCACUCUACCAAUCAGGCCUUUAUGGUAGAGUGGCCAGAUGGAAGCAACUUCUCAGUAAAUGGCACAUGACAGCCCACUUGGAGUUUGCCAAAAGGCACCUAAAAACUCUCAGACCAUGAGAAACAAGAUUCUCUGGUCUGAUGAAACCAAGAUUGAACUCUUUGGCCUGAAUGUCAAUCAUUGUGUCUGGUAGAAACCUGGCACCAUCCCUACGGUGAAGCAUAGUGGUGGCAGCAUCAUACGGUGGGGAUGCUUUUCAGCGACAGGGACUGGGAGACUAGUUAGGAUCGAGGCAAAGAUUAACGGAGCAAAGGACAGAGAGGUCCUUGAUAAAAAUCUGCUCCAUAGCGCUCAGGACCUCAGAUCUGGGCUAAGGUUUACCUUCCAACAGGACAAUGACCCUAAUCACACAGCCAAGACAAUGUAGGAGUGGCUUUGGGACAAGUCUCUGAAUGUCCUUGAGUGACCCCGCCCGCCAGAGGCUGGACUUGAACCCAAUCAAACAUUUCUGUAGAGACCUGAAAAUAUCUGUGCAGCGACGCUCCCCAUCAAACCUGACAGAGCUUGAGGUCUGCAGAGAAGAAUAAGAGAAUCUCCCCAAAUAAAGGUGUGCCAAGCUUUUAGCAUUACAGACUCAUGGCUGUAAUCACUGCCAAAAGUACUGAGUAAAGGGUCUGAAUACUUAUGUAAAUGUAAUAUUUCAGCUUUUAUUUGUAUUACAUUUGCAAAAAUGUCUAAAAACCUGUUUUUGCUUUGUCAUUAUGGGGUAUUGUGUGUUUGAUGAAGAAUUUGUUUUUAAUGAAUUUUAAAAUAACGUAAUAAAAUGUGGAAAAGGUCAAGGGGUCUGAAUACUUUCCGAAGGCACUGUAUAAUAAUACAUAAAUAGUUAAAAUAAAAUAACAAAGAUCCCUCUACCCAAAAGCAAAAACUUAAUUGAAUUGUCAUGCUAAUUUUGGGUGUGUAGUCAUAUAGAGUGCUGUUCAAUUUGACAAACACCAUCCCAUACCAUUAAUCCUUCAAUUCUAUGGUUAUGAAUGUGUUUACUGCUGUUGUGAAUCCCCUGCUCUGGCCCAGAUGCAUGAGUCAGAUGGAGCAAGUUGAUGUUGCACCAUACAGCCUCUCUCCUCAGGACAGAACCACAUUUAUCAUCAUGCUAUGCUGAAAAGACUGUGCAGACUAAACCCUCACCUCACUGUAAAAUACCCUGCCUAGGAGUUAGCUGCUGCAGUUUAACCAAAUAUAAAUAUCUAUGUUGGAUGGAGUUAAGUGGCAAUGGAAUAUCUGGUGGGGGAGACAAAAUGGAAUGAGGAAUGCUGAAAGCAUUAGGCCAAUUCAAAAUGGGAACUUUGUAAAGCAUGUACACACACACACACACACACACACACACACACACACACACACACACACACACACACACACACACACACACACACACACACACACACACACACACACACACACACACACACACACACACACACACACACACACACACACACACACACACACACACACACACACACACACACACACACACACACACACACACACAUGUAUUUUGUGUUGUAGAUAUGUGGUAGUAGAGUAGUGGUCUGAGGGUAUAUACUUAAUGUGCUGAGAAAUAUCUUGUGAAAUGUAUUGUAGUGUUUUUAUAAUUGUAUAGAACUGCCUUAAGUUUAUUGGAACCCAGGAAGUUUAGCUGCUUCCUUGGCAGCAGCUAAUGGGGAUCCUUAAUAAAAUAUAUAUAUAUAUAUAUACAAACUCUACAUAGGGUUUUGUAUCACUCUCAUAACAUAAAUGAUGAGUGCAUGGGGCUGUAGGCUAAAUGAUUGCGUUUUCAAUGCAGAUUUAGAGGUUUGCAUUAAAAAGCCCGAAACAAACACAGAUUUCCUGCGUUGGCAGCUAUCCAGUUUAGUCAGGUUUUAGAGUGCUUCUCACACCUCAUGCUAUGUCUGCUACUUGAGUAGAACACGAUUCACUUCCCUCGUAGCUGAUGUGUGGUGAAAAAUGGGGCACAAAAUGGCUGCCGUGGCAUCACUUAGUUAGGUGCUAUAUCAGUACUAUUUCACACGUUUUUUUCUCCCUAACCACAUAAAUAAAGUAUUCAUCAUUAA